AUCCUUAGGAUCUCUUGAACUUGUAAUGGUCAUCUGGCCUACUUGGGUGGGCAGAUUACAGAUGUGUGUAUGUGCCUCAUGCUUCCUGCUGUGAAGUGUGUGGUGGGCUAAAUACCUUGGCUUUCAAGGUUGUAAUUUUGUCUUAAUUUCAACUUCUUCCUACAUUAAUGCAAGCAAAUACAUUUUGCUGACUCAACUGGCUGUCUUCAUGGAAAACUUCAUUUAGAAAAUCAUCUGUGAAUGACGCUGAAGUGCCAGCAGAACAUCUAAAAGCAAAAACCCCUCUUCUCUGCCACCCCUCGCUGUACACACUGUGCUGCACAACACAGCGCUCUCUUUUUCUCAUCAAAAGAGAUUUUUCAUUUGAAGGAUGCGCCAAGAAGGGACCUGACCCAUGUGGGCAGGUCAGUGUUCCCACAGGCAGCAGUGGUUGUUCUGCUCAGGGGAAAAGCCUGACCUGAAAGCAGAAUGUUUAGACACCUGAGCAGCAGCAAACACCAUCAGUCCCAUGCAGAAGAGUUUCUUUCCCUCAAGGUGGCAGGAGAGGAGCAGAAGUGUGAGCAGUCCUGCUUAUGGAGAGGGAAGCAGGUGAAAGAGACUGAGCCAGGGGUCUUGCACCCAUCGUGGGGCCUCUGGGAUGGAAACAGCCCUCUGUGAUACAUAGACAGCUUUCUGCCUAGGCUGCUUUGCUGGCAAAUCUUCCUCUGGAUCAAACUUUUGUGCUGCCAGGACUGGGAUGAGAUCUAUUCCCAAGGGGACUGUGCUUGCUUCACACAAGCCAGAGCCCGAAAUGCUCAGUUUUGGACAGAAAGCAGCAUCCAGAUGUAACCUUUUGAGCUUGCACUUAGAAUCACUGGGGCUGGGGCAGGUCAGCCUCUGUACCUUACAUAGACUCAGGAUUUUGUUCUUCUCUAGGUUGUUUAUUCAAUACUGAGCUACGUGUGUCUCCACAAGCAGCAGCUCUGUGCCAAGAGGAGGAAGUUAUAGGAGGAAACCAGCAACAAGAGCCUGUUGCUCAAUUAGCUGCGUUGUCAGCAGCGCUUGGCUAACGAGAGCCACGCUUGGGGUUGUACAACCCACACACAUUGCACAAAGCUGGCCUCAGGAGGGGUUGAGGUCUUACCUAUUGGUUGCUCUUCUACCAUGUGCUGGCUGUGUGGAUAGUGGGAGAGGUUUGGGGGUCAGAAAAGCAAGGACAAGCUCAGGCAAAUCUUUCCUACGAGCACAGACAGGGAGGAAAUGUUUUUCAGUGUUUUUCUAUCAGGACAUGAGGGAUGAUUCAACAAGACCCCAUGACAAACAUGCUCAGAUGACCAACAGGAUGCAUUUCCUUGCCUGGCGCUACCUGCUUUAUUUAUCAGGACCACAGCAAAGCCAGCUGGCUGCACUUCUGCUCUUUGCAAAAGCUACAGAAGGACAUAAAGUAAUCAAAUGCAUGUUGAAUGCCGGGAUAAUUUGCCACCUUAUUCCCUUAGACUUUGGUAAGUUUUGAACCUUCCCAAUGCCUCUGGGAGCCCGGGCUGCCUUUAAGCCCCCACUAAGGCUCUGAAGACCUGGAUGUGAACAUCCCAGCUGUUUUCCCAUAGGAAGGAGCAUUGUUGCAGUGAUGCAGGAACUUCCUUCAUCUGCCUGACGCGUCUGUUUCGGGUCAUUAAGAAAGCAUUUCUCAAUCGGGAGCUGAGAGAGGUAGGAAGUCCCAGCCUUGUUUUACGAGAGGUCGGCUGUUUGCAGAGCAUUUCCCAACCAUUUUGCUUUUCCCUCAGCCUUUGGAAAGGAAUCCUCAAUCCAGCAGGGCAUGGCAUGUUGGGAACAAGAGGUCCUGGGAGAAAACUGUUCUUCUGCAGAUAGUGGCACAGUUGGUUUUUUUCUUUGACUGGGAAUGACCUUUGUUCCCUAACCACAGCUUUCCCUGGUGAGGUAGGGUUUAAUCCCACAGUUAGCCUACCCCGGAGGGACGGUUUAAGCCUCAGGGAGCCCUGCAGUCACACUGCCUGGGGGAGCAUGUAGGUUUCCUGGUGCAGACCUCAGCAUGAUGCUCCCUGACAGGCAGCUAUGAAUCUCCCAAAGGAUGCAGCUGGUUAACCUCAUCCAUAUGUUGAGAUCCACUAAGAAAACACUCCCCUCUGGCACAUGAACAACUGUGCUGGUUAAUAAAUCAACACCACAGGUGGGUUCACCCUGAGCAGGGUUGGAGCUCACCUUACACACACGCUAUGCAUCGGUGCCCUGCAGCUUUGCAGCAAGCAAAAGAAAACCCAAGCUGGUAAGCCCUCAGUGUGAUCUCCAGGUGCUGUGCACACGCACACACCGUGUUCUCAUAUCACCACAGCCACUCUUAAACACACAUAGUUUUUCUCUGGCCUUAUGGGGAAGGGUGCGCAGCCUCCCUCCAGCACCUGCAGCUGAAGGCGUGACUUGGCAGCAGGUGACACUGCCUCUCCCUGCCUGUAACCACAGCCCUGCACUUGCAGGGCAAUCUGAGCAGUGCCCGUGGCACCGGGUGCUCCCACUGCCCCGGCAAAGAUGGUAGAAGGAGUGAUCUCCAAACUGCUCCCCAAGCGUCCAUCUGCUCGUCUCACACAGAAAUAUCAGCCCCUCGGGAGCAUCGAGCCGGAAGAGGAGAGCCAGGAGUGUGAGCUGAAAGUCAUUGAGCAGGAGAAGGAGGUGACAGUUCUGCUGCCAAAAGAUGCAUGUAAAUACCAUAAAGAAGACUUGGCCAAAGCCUUAAAUGUUGAUUUACAAACUGGGCUCUCCGAGUUUUCUGUGCUACAGCGCAGGAUGAAACAUGGUUGGAAUGAAUUUUCAGUGGACGCCUCAGAGCCUAUAUGGAAGAAAUACCUGGACCAGUUUAAAAAUCCCCUCAUUCUCUUGCUGCUGGCUUCCGCUUUGGUAAGCGUCAUCACUAAGGAAUACGAGGAUGCUGCAAGCAUCACCAUGGCUGUGCUCAUCGUGGUCACCGUGGCCUUCAUCCAGGAAUAUCGCUCUGAAAAGUCUCUGGAAGAGCUGAACAAAUUGGUUCCCCCUGAGUGCAACUGCUUGAGGGAAGGAAAACUGCAGCAUCUUCUAGCACGAGAGCUUGUGCCUGGAGAUAUCAUAUAUCUUUCUGUUGGUGAUAGGGUCCCCGCAGACCUCAGGCUGAUAGAGGUUACAGAUCUGCUGGUGGAUGAAUCCAGUUUUACAGGAGAAGCUGAGCCUUGCAACAAGACCGAUGGUGUGUUACUGGAAGCUGGAGACAUAACCACACUGAGCAAUGUUGUUUUCAUGGGGACCCUGGUGCGAUAUGGGAAGGGAAAAGGUGUAGUUAUCGGGACAGGUGAAAACUCACAGUUUGGAGAGGUGUUCAAAAUGAUGCAAGCUGAAGAGACUCCCAAAACGCCUCUCCAAAAAAGCAUGGACAGGCUGGGGAAGCAACUCACCCUUUUCUCCUUUGGUAUAAUUGGUUUAAUAAUGCUCAUUGGCUGGUUACAAGGGAAGCAUCUUCUCAGCAUGUUCACCAUUGGAGUUAGCCUGGCGGUGGCUGCCAUCCCAGAGGGCCUUCCCAUCGUGGUCACUGUGACGCUGGUGCUGGGUGUUCUUCGCAUGGCCAAGAAAAGAGUGAUUGUGAAGAAGCUGCCCAUUGUAGAAACACUAGGCUGCUGCAAUGUCAUCUGCUCAGACAAGACGGGCACUCUGACUGCCAAUGAGAUGACAGUGACUCGGCUCGUGACCUCAGAUGGCUUCCAGGCAGAGGUCAGUGGGGUGGGCUACAAUGGAGAAGGAAAUGUUUAUCUUCUGCCAUCAAAGGAAAUUCUUAAAGAAUUUUCCAACGUCUCAGUUGGAAAACUAGUGGAGGCUGGCUGUGUGGUCAAUAAUGCUGUUAUCAGGAAAAACAGUGUGAUAGGACAGCCCACGGAAGGAGCUCUCCUUGCACUUGCAAUGAAGAUGGAAUUAGCUGACAUAAGAGAUAUUUAUGCACGGAAGAAGGAAAUUCCAUUUAGCUCCGAACAGAAGUGGAUGGCUGUGAAAUGCACGCUGAAAAAUCAGGAUCAGGAAGAUAUUUACUUCAUGAAAGGAGCAUUUGAAGAAGUGAUUCGAUAUUGCACUAUGUAUAACAGCAGUGGCAUCUCAUUAAUGCUCACACCUCAACAGAAAGCCUCCUACCAGCAGGAAGAGAAAAGAAUGGGCUCCUCAGGUCUCCGGGUACUCGCUUUGGCUUCAGGUUCAGAACUUGGCAAACUAACCUUUUUGGGUCUGGUUGGAAUAAUUGAUCCCCCCAGGGCUGGAGUGAAAGAAGCUGUGCAAGUCCUUGUUGAGUCCGGUGUCUCAGUAAAGAUGAUAACUGGAGAUGCCCUGGAAACUGCUGUGGCUAUAGGGCAGAAUAUUGGUCUUUGCAAUGGGAAACUGAAAGCCAUGUCUGGGGAAGAGCUGGAUCAAGUGGAAGAGUCAGAACUCUCAUCCACUGUCAAAAAUAUUUCCAUUUUCUUUAGAACAAGUCCAAAGCACAAGCUAAAAAUCAUAAAGGCUUUGCAGAGAGCUGGUGCCAUUGUGUCAAUGACAGGAGAUGGUGUUAACGAUGCCGUGGCUCUGAAAUCUGCCGAUAUUGGGAUUGCAAUGGGGCAGGCGGGUACAGAUGUCAGCAAAGAAGCUGCCAACAUGAUCCUUGUGGACGAUGACUUCUCAACAGUAAUGAAUGCAAUAGAAGAGGGAAAAGGAAUAUUUUACAACAUAAAAAACUUUGUCCGGUUCCAGCUGAGCACGAGCAUUUCAGCUUUGAGCCUAAUUACUCUGUCAACAGUGCUCAACCUACCAAAUCCACUCAAUGCUAUGCAGAUCUUAUGGAUCAAUAUUAUUAUGGAUGGGCCUCCAGCUCAAAGCUUGGGAGUUGAACCUGUUGAUAGGGAUACAAUCAAACAGCCACCCCGAUGUAUUACGGACACUAUACUCAGCAAAUCACUGAUCCUGAAAAUCUUCAUGUCAGCUCUAAUUAUCAUCAGUGGAACCCUCUUUGUCUUCUGGAAGGAGAACCCUACAGGUGGUAUAACCCCCCGGACCACAACCAUGACUUUUACGUGCUUUGUGUUUUUUGACCUCUUCAAUGCUCUGACGUGCCGCUCUCAGACAAAGCUGAUACUGGAAAUAGGCUUCUUUCGGAACCGCAUGUUCUUAUAUUCUGUGCUUGGGUCAUUUCUGGGACAGCUGGCUGUGAUUUACGUCCCUCCAUUACAAAAGAUCUUCCAGACAGAGAACUUAGGAGUGCUGGACUUGCUCUUUCUUACUGGACUGGCUUCCUCAGUUUUCAUUGUGUCCGAGUUGGUCAAACUCUGUGAAAAACGCUGCUGCCACCAGAAGCACAGCAAGGAAUACAGGAACUGAUGCAAAAGGUGCCCGGAGUGGAGCUGUGACAUGAGGUAACUCAAAGCACCGGUCUCUAAGGAAAGCAUCUUUUCUGAAGAUACCCCAGUGAAUCUCUACCAACAGUUCUUCCCACUCCGGUCUGUUCCUUCCUGUACGUAAGCUAUGUAAGCUCUACAGACACCUCUGGAAUGGCUGCUGUUUUAAACCAAGAUCAGGUGUAUGUUUAUAACGUUGAUCUCUGCGCUGAGAAUGCUGGUAGCCCCCAAACGGAGUAACGCAGCUUCACACCUGUACAGGAAAAUCUGCUGUGCAUAAAUUGAAGUUUUAUUUAUUUAAAUCACUGUGGUUUUUAUUAAUAAAAUUCUAUGUUUUAAAAUGA